AUGCAUUCUUUGAAUCUGAAGGUAGUUACUGAUUUCAACGCGCGGUCAUGGCAGAGUCGACUCGGCGUUGGCUCGGAUACUGCAGGUACCAGAAGGCAAUGGUUGAAUUGUAAGAAUCAGAAUGUAAGGUUAUUCAAGAUUGUUGCUUGUAGUAAAUCGGAGAAUUCGACUCCGGUUUCGGAUUCGGGUACCGGUCGGGAUCAGAAUUCGGUUCUUUCUCGGACCCAAACCUAUGCUUUGUUGAAGCAACAAUUGGAAAUCGCUGCAAAAUCCGAGGAUUAUAAAGAAGCUGCUAGACUUCGUGAUUCUUUGAAAAUGUUCGAGGAAGCGGAGCCAGUAUUGCGUCUUAAGAGGUUGUUGAAAGAGGCCGUUGCGGAGGAGAAGUUUGAGGAUGCAGCUAGGUACCUUGAUGAGCUGAAGGAAAUUGCUCCACACUCUCUCUUGAAGUGCUCUAGUGAUGCAUCAACUUUGGAUGUUAGGGUUCAAGUAAGGAGUGUUUAUAUAGAAAGCCGAAGUCAGCCUUUGAAAGGUCAUUAUUUUUUUGCAUAUAGAAUCAGAAUCAGCAACAACUCAGAUCGACCAGUACAACUUUUGGGAAGGCACUGGAUCAUCACUGAUGCCAAUGAGAAAACUGAGCAUGUCUGGGGAAUUGGAGUUAUAGGUGAACAACCAGUUAUACUUCCCAAUACGGGGUUUGAAUAUUCAUCAGCCUGCCCAUUGAGCACACCUAGUGGCAGAAUGGAGGGUGAGUUUGAGAUGAAGCAUAUUGAUAAAGUAGGCGCUCGGACCUUCAAUGUGGCUAUUGCCCCCUUUUCUCUCUCUAUGUUCGGAGAUGGAACUGAUGCUUUUUGA